GUGCGCGUGUCCGUGAGUUCACAGCCCGUGCGCUGGCUGGCUGCUUGGAUAGAGCUGCGGCUGCUGCUGGUAAUAUACAUUGGCUCUAUAGGCGUUGUGUUUGUGUCAGGGGAACUAUAGCGCCCUAUAUGCCCGUGGGCACAAGCCUUUAGGGACACGCAGGUGCUGUGGGGUCCGGGGCGUCAGUGGAUGUUUGUCCGGACCCCCGACUGGAGCCAAGAGGACCCCCUGGGGGGAAGCAGUUGGAUUAGAAAGAAGAUUAUUAUAAGACUGCUCAGAGAUAAUACUUCAGCACCAGGACCCUGAGAGCAGAAACUGAAAAUGUCAGCUGAAGGUCAAAGAGUGGAUGACAGUCCAAGUACAAGUGGAGGCAGUUCCGAUGGAGACCAACGGGAUGGGGUUAAUAAUGAACAAGAUCGUGAAAAAGUACAGCCGAAGAAGAAAGAAGGAAAGAUAUCCAGCAAAACAGCUGCCAAACUGUCCACUAGUGCCAAACGAAUUCAGAAAGAACUGGCAGAGAUAACGCUGGAUCCUCCCCCAAACUGCAGUGCUGGACCCAAAGGAGAUAACAUAUAUGAAUGGAGGUCCACUAUACUAGGGCCACCAGGCUCUGUGUACGAGGGUGGCGUUUUUUUCCUUGAUAUCGCAUUCUCCCCAGAUUACCCCUUUAAACCCCCAAAGGUGACAUUUCGGACAAGAAUUUACCACUGUAACAUUAACAGCCAGGGCGUGAUCUGCCUUGAUAUCCUGAAAGAUAACUGGAGCCCAGCCCUAACGAUUUCUAAAGUUCUCCUGUCUAUCUGCUCGCUGCUCACAGAUUGCAACCCUGCUGACCCCCUCGUUGGAAGUAUCGCUACUCAGUACAUGACUAACAGAGGGGAGCAUGACCGAAUGGCCAGACAGUGGACCAAGAGAUACGCAACAUAGGAAUUUAACAUGGAGGACCUGUGCAAGCACAUUCACUAAGUGCAUCAAUAGCUCUUUUCUUGACUUUUUUUAUUAUGUUGAAACAUUUUGUGACAAAAUACUGUAUGUUCUUUUUUUAUUAAAACCUUAUUAACUUGAAUUUCCCCACAAAAUUAAUUGGGAGUUUUAGUUUCUGUGCAAGAAAUGUUGAAUAUGUGAUAGUAUAGAGCUUUGUUUGAAAGCCUUGUAUCAAUAUUUGUGUUUUUUUUUUUUGUUUUCUAUUAUUUUUUUGAGGUUACAAUUAGUACUUUUUAAUUUGCCUCUUCUAUACGUAGGUUUAGUGUUAAAUAUGUAUUUUUGGUUAAGAUUUGAUUUUUUUUGUACUUAAAAGUCUUUCAUGGCGGGUGCAUGCUCCAGGGAACAAACUUUUAUAAUAUAACAUUUGAAAUCAAGAUUCACUGUGGAGAACAAGACUGUGUUUUCCCCACAGGGGACUUUCUGAAUGAACAAAAAAAAGUUGUAUUUUGAUCUAUUUAAAAUUGCUUGUAAAUUAAUUUAGCAGGAUGUGGAGCAGUUGAUGUACACGUGUUAUAAAGCACUCAAUAAAAACACUGCGACUGGU